AUAGAAAGCUUACACCGUUAUAGUCAGUCAUGGAGUCAAGAUUCCUCAAAUUCAGUCUCUGAAGCGACUUAUGAUUAAACUCGUUCCGUGAUUGAAAUAUUUUUUCGAAUGAAAAUAGAAAAUUAUUUAUUCGCUGAAAACAUUGACCUACUUAGUGAGUUUCAAGUUUAAUGAGUGCGAUAAAUCUGAUAUAUAUAUAUUCGAUAAAUUUUGAUUUACGCUUAAUAGACUUUUUUUAAAAAUCGUUUUCUGAUAAAAUAUUCCGUACAAAUAAAUAAUUUUAUUUUUCGCAUAAUGUAGAGUUUUAACAACCAAGUUACAAACACUCUUUACAACCAACACCAUUUCUUUUGUGAAUACAAACUAUCCAAACAGAUCACCAUGGAUGAUAUGGUAAAAAAUUUAUUUGGUGUCGCAGAUUAUAUGGUAUUUAGUGUUAUGUUGCUGAUAUCUGCAGGAAUAGGAGUAUGGUAUGCCAUUGUAGAUCGGAGAAAAAGCAAUACUCAAGAAUUUUUAAUGGGUGGACGAUCUCUUAGCGUCUUUCCAGUGGCCAUGUCUGUUUUAGCCAGCUUUAUGUCAGCUAUUACACUUUUAGGUACACCAGCUGAAGUGUACCGAUAUGGUACUCAGUACUUGAUGAUCAAUAUAUCCUUCUGUUUUGUAGUACCAGCCACAGCUUAUUUAUAUGUUCCAGUGUUCUAUAAUCUUGGAGUCACCAGUGCUUAUGAGUAUCUUGAACUGAGAUUUUCUCCAUUAGUAAGAACAGCUGGUUCAGUGGUUUUCUUUUUACACAUGAUGAUGUAUAUGCCUGUUGUCUUGUAUGCUCCAGCUUUAGCUUUGUCAGAAGUUACUGGAAUAAACUUAUGGACAGCUAUUAUAUCCCUUGGAUUAGUUUGCACUUUCUACACAAGUAUAGGUGGCAUGAAAGCAGUUGUGUGGACGGAUUUCUUUCAAUCCAUAAUGAUGUAUAUAUCUAUCUUAGUCAUUCUGAUUAAAGGAACUUAUGACAUAGGAGGGUUUGAUGUCGUGUGGGAGCGGGCUCUGAAAGGAGGCAGAAUAGAAUUUCUUAAGUUCGAUUUAGAUCCUACAGUUCGUCAUACAUUUUGGAGCUUAGUGAUCGGUGGAUAUAUUACUUGGAUGGGAAACUAUGCAGCAAGUCAAGCGAUGAUUCAGAGAUAUUUAACCGUCGGCAGUCUAAAGGGUGCGCAAGGAUGUUUAUGGAUCAACUUGCCUGCGUUGAUAUUACUUGUUAUGAUCACUGGCUUUUCCGGGCUGGUCAUUUAUGCAUUCUAUCAUGACUGUGAUCCUAUUGGGACAAAUCUUAUUCAAGCUCCAGACCAGCUAUUUCCAAGAUUUGUCAUGGAAACCUUAGGUGCUUUUCCAGGAAUACCAGGACUUUUUGUAUCCGGUAUAUUCAGCGGAGCUCUUAGCACAGUGUCAUCAGGAGUUAAUUCAUUAGCCGCAGUAACUCUGGAAGAUUUCAUUAAACCAUUUAUCUGUAAAGAUAUUACUGAAGUAUGGGCAACAAGACUCACAAAAUCUCUAGCUUUGACUUAUGGAUUGCUAUCAUUAGCUUUGGUUUUUGUAGCAAUGCAUUUGGGUGGAGUUUUGCAAGCAGCUUUCACAAUACAUGGAGUUGUAGGAGGUCCGAUGUUGGGAAUUUUCACUUUAGGAAUGUUUUUUCCAUGCGCUAAUGCUGUGGGUGCUGCUGUGGGUCUUCUGAGUGGUUUCGUGGUUUCUAUGUGGUUUGGUAUGGGAGCAUUUGCAAGCCAGCCGUACACACCUGAAGCACCCAGAUCCUAUGAGAGCUGUUCUUACUACAACAUUACCAGCAUUGAUGUGCAAAAUAUAACACUUGGCUACAACGAUGACAUUUUUCCACCCUAUAAACUCUCCUACCUCUGGCUUAGUUCAGUAGGUUUCGUAGUAGUUUUGAUAGUUGGAUUACUAGUUAGCUUCAUAACAGGAGCCACAAAAGGAGAAAAUAUUGACCCGAGAUUGCUCUCACCAGCUGUAAUUUGGUUAAGCAAAUAUAUUCCUGGGGAUAAAUUGAAGAAAAUAAUUACAAUAAAGAGAGAGAGGAGAGGAACUUCUCUUGCAACUUUAAGGACAACCAGUGUAAUUAGUGACAAUGACUUUUAUCCAUCAAAGAAGGCAUCCAUCUCAUACAUAUCUGAUUCAAAAAUAUCCUAACGUGGUUAUACUUAUUUAAGAAAAAUAUUCUUAUCCCCUCCUCACUUCAUUUCAUUUCAAAAAGUUUAGGUAAAAACUGAGAAACGUAACAAAUUAUGUGUUCUGUUAUGAACAUAUGAAAAUAGGAAAUAAAAUCUAUUAUUUUUAAA